AUGUUGCAGGAUGACGAGGUUAGCAGGUACCUGUCGGAGAGGGUUCGGUGUGACGUGACGGCGUUGGAGUACUGGCGCACCGCCACCAACAUGCAGACACUCACACCCCGGCCAGAGGAUAGGCGAGGGCCGCCGACAGAGAGCGUCGCAGCGCCAGAGUUCGCCAUUGAGGGCGAGGGGGCGGAGGAGGAGGACGAGGAGGAGGAGGAGGAGGAGGAGGAGGAGGAGGGGGGGGAGGGUGUGGGGGCGGCUGCCGACGACACAGGUGGCGGGGAGGAGCUUGUUGUUGGUAGUAGCAGUGCUACCGCCUUAGUGUAA